AGUUUAAUAAUUUUUUCUCAAUUAAUGUUUUGAGUUUUCGUAUAAUGAUUGUUAAAUUUAUUUAGCGGUAUCAUUAACGUUAGCAUUAUAACACGUGGUAUGUGCAUGGGUGUAAUUAUUUCACUCGAAAUUGUUUGGUGCGAGGAAAUGCUAUUAGCGGCGAUAGUUAACGAGACACGUUCACGUGGCCUAAUGCGUUAAUGCAAGGUACGAGGGAUUGGUAUAAUUAUUUUCAUCGAUAUUGAUUGGGUAGGAUAAAAUGCGAUUGCUGGCGACUGCAAGCGGUACACACAUCCACGUGGCCCGAUGCCGCUGUGACGACAUAAAUAAACGCACUCCUCGGUUUUCACGUCAAUCUUCCCGAGUGUCUUCCACCACGUGGGAAGCUCUUGCGUUGUAAUAACAAGGAGGGACACUUGACCGUGGAGGAUUUUGCGGAAGUGACGGCCGAUGCUAAUUUGGAAUUGGGGAGGGAAAAAGAAUUGCUAUUUUGAGGGAAACGCGGCCAAGGGGAAGAGAGUCGUUACUUGGAGUUGAUUUAAGGGCAAGCCGGUUGUUUCUUUAAUAAAUAGCGAUUUUUUGCCCGAGUUGCGUCUUCGGAAUAUCUCUGAAAUUUUUUGAGGUGGCCACACAUAGCAAGGGAAAAAAAAUUGCGAUAAAUCUGCGCAAAUUGUUCCGUAUAGAUUUAACCAAUAUAUCUUUGUCAUUCGUGGCAAUUGGUACCUUUUCAGGACGAUUCGAUUAGAAAUCAAUUUUACUUGGUUUUGGGGGAGGAGGAAUUAUUUCCGAAAUUUUUGCGACAAGAAUUUAUGCAGUCGAGUUGGGUUGAACAAGCUACGAAAUACUGUCUACGCCUCGUUACUAGAUAAGAUUGUACACGGGUGUUUUUUUUUUUUUUUUGUGAAAUUGCGUGUACACAGGGUAAUUGCUUCGUGGUUUCCAAUGUCCAAGCUCGCCGUGGUGGCCGGGGUUUAAUGUCUUCGUCUAAAGUUUCUUCUACGUGUAACGUGUCGCUUUACCAAACCGCUACCAAGAAUAGGAGACUACUCGAGGAUCAUUGUUACGCAGAACGGAGGAGAAUAUUACAGUAAUUAAAUCAUUGUCAUAAAAAGAGGUGCUCGUUCGAUUUUCUAACGGAGGUGUAUUCAUCAGCGCGACGAAUGAUUGGCCAAUGUAUCAACUAUUCUUCUACGAUAUCUAGGAAAUAAGUGGUUUCUAUUCUUUCAUCAUCGCUCGGCGAUUUUUCUUUUGCGUACCGCCGAACCAUACGGAAACUAUUUCCUGAUUAGGCAUAAGUCAUGGAAGUGUGAUAACGAGGGUACGAUUAAAAAUGAAUUCUUUAAUUUGUCGGCUGCGCGCGUGAUAUCAAUACAUAUUUCGAUCGCCUUUUAUUACGGAUCUGACGGUCUAUUGUUUCUUUCAAAGUGUGUACCCGGUAUCGGGUUAUCAGGAAAAUUGUUUCCGGUUCGUGGUUGGCCGCGGUGUGUACUUAGGAUUUGUUUGUUUUUUUUUUCUCUCCGUUACAACAAAGGACUCGCGGGUAACCUCUCAUUAACGACAUAGCGAUUAAACUGCAACGUCCGUUCUGGGGAUUUGAGACUGAUUAUAUGCGAGUUGGCAGUACUUAGUCUCCUGUUAACCUCACCAACCCUGACCGUAUUACGUUGUACAGUAUCUACGCGUAUGUGCGUCUUCUUAGCCAGUGGCUAAGUGCGUUACAAGUUACGAUUAGGAUCAAAGCAAUCCUCGGGUAAUUGUCUUGCCUCCGGGGGGAGACAACGUUUAUGAGGUGUUAAACAUAUUUUGUAUUCUUUCAAAAUCUCUCCAGGCUUCGCGAGUAUUUACGAGAAGGUCUUACAAGCGGUAAUGGUAUAUGCGUAUUGGUUAAUGCGUAAUCAAUUUAUGCGUUAAUGCCUAUAUAAUUAAAUAUCGAUGUUAGGUCAUCGUAGCAUUUGUAUUUCGCAAAGUCUGCUGUUAUCGAUACACGACUCGUGGCUUAUCAACGACGGUCAUUUCCUGCCUCGGUCUGCACUUAUAGUCGGGAUAUCGUAAUCUCGGUUUUGAGUGCACUUUUUUUUUUUUGUUUAUAUGAAUACCGUCACACUUGGAACGGACACGCUAAAUAUCUUGCCGCGAAAUGAACGAGUACAUGUAUUGCGCGAAUUAUGCAUUUCGAUGAAUUUGUGCUCCUUUUUUGCGCGAAAAAUUUGCAUAAAAGAGAAUAAGGCUUGCGAAGACGUUGAUCUUAGUUUGCUAAAAGAAAUGCAAUUCAGGUCGUAUGAUGAAAAUACACUUGCAAAACAAGCCGGAAUACAUGACUCACGUCAAUUUCUCAUUUCAUUUAAAAGUUACGAAUCCCGUGGCUUUGCGAAAUCGGGUUCUCUUUCCUCGCAAAAUGUAUUGCGUUCCUUUUUAGAUCACUCUCGAGUGUCGGAAAUUACGCUUAACUGUGCGUUCAAUUGCAAGCAAUUCUAGAAACUGAUAAAGUCUACUUUCCGCUAUUGGUGUUUAUCAACUUGUUAUUCUUCUGCCUUCAACUACCAGAUCAAAGGGUUAGGCGUUUAAUAAUCGCGAAUAAAUAGCUGGAAACAGUACCGUAGUUUGCCAUCCUCAUCCGUACGAAAUUAUACACAUAUAGUUGACCAAUUGUAUCGUAACUGCAUUGUUGUCCCGGUUUUUGGCCUCGGAUCUUGUUUCGUUUAAUCCAGAACUUUUCUACGAACAUUUCCUCCGGUCACAAUUUAGCCAAAUUAAUGUAUUUUUUUUUUUUAUGAAUUUCACUUUUAUGAUGGAGUCCGUGGUCUCCCUCCUUCUCAUUAUGUCAUUACCGAUCUCAUCGUAAACAUCUUCGGUGUGAAAAAAAGAUUACUAUAAAUUACUAUACAGCGUCUCUUGAUUACAUGGCGCUAACGAAUAUGUCGCAGGGAUUAUUAAAAUUUAUCAGACGUUUUCCCAGGCCUUUUCACGCGGUGGUCACAACGUCGUCGAUUGUUUGAUCAGCGUCAACAAACGAACGUUUGUAGAGACUUCGUUCUGCUUGUCGAGGCCUUACAUAAUUUCCUCUCGCGAGCGAUAGGAGGAAGACAAACUCUUCGGAUGUGACCAUUGACAACCAUUGGCAACGCUGACUUUACGGUGGCAUUUCUUUGUAGACAUGAUCGUCACCGUUUAGGAGUACUCGCUUUAUCGCAUGCCCCAGGUGGGUGUCCAUUUUAUGUAUACAAUGCCCAUCUUGUUUCCACCGCGCCGCCACUCGUGACGUUUAUCAAGAGGCAUUAUUUACCGAGAAGUCCAAGCCGGAAUAUUUUGAUCUUCGCCCAAGACUAAAUUUACCGAGAACGUUAAUUAUCGCGUCGAUCUCAUUAGGGACGAGCGAUUCUCACCCUGCCAAGUGUAUUUGAAGGAUGUCAAGUCCAGGAAGUCGAGGAGGUUGUCGCGAUGUCAAGUACGUCCUUACCGCGUUAUAAAUUACUCCUUAUGCAAAUCGUCGAGGGUGGAUCGCUUUUCCGUUUGUCCUCUUCUUCCUUACAUUUUUCUUUUAACGACACUUCUCAUCGGUAUCUCAACUUUUCCUCCGUAAUUACUGUUUACAUUCAUUAUUGUUUCUUAUUAUCGGGACAAUUUGCACUAAUGUGUUCGCUGGUCUCAGGGCGUCAUUUUUCUCGGUUAAUCAUUGACGUUUAAAAUGAAACGAAAAUUGUACAAAUGAAGAGAUACGACAAUCAGCACCGUACGCGUAAGGGCAUUUUGUGAAAGAACGAUUAAGAGCAAUUAUUAGUAUUUAAUCACAGUUUUAAGUUGGACAUUUCCUUGGCAACGUGUGGGGCGACUGUUUUUAAUUGUUUUCUUUGGAAUGAAUAAAUGUGACCGAUGUGUUAAAUAGUUCGCCACGGUAGAAGGUGAUAGAUUAAUUGGGAGGUGCUCGAGCGUGCACUGCCGAUCGGUUUGCGAGGUGGUGCGAUAAUCCGUCUUCAUGACCGCCUGUCGUUUCAGACCGGCAUUAUAGCGCGAUAGUUCCUCACCAUGACCCACAAAACAUGUAACGAGGGUCGUCGACGUUACCUUCCCGUUGUGAUUCAUGUGCUAGUCCAUGUACAAUGUUGGCCUGCUCUUUAACAUUUUGCGAGAUCGACGUAAACAGGUCUGAAAAUAAAAAGGAGACAAGUUCGCUGGCCAGGGCCGUAUAACAUUCGGGCCUAAUGUCUGUAUGGUCGACAAGCACUGGGCGCAACUCAGUGUUCGGUGCGGAGGGUCCACAGCCCCCGUCGCACCUGCCUGUCCACCCACCCCCGCACACUCACCUGCACAACAAUAACGGACAUUGCUUUCACAAGAGGUUUCACAAUUGUCAGGUUAUUAGUGUGACUAAUCGCAACCAUUUCUGCCCUAAUCGGACCGCUUCCCCCCGCCACUGCUGUAACCCCCCUGUUGGUUUAUUUGCCCUACGAGGGACUUGCAACAAGUACUUCUGUCGGCAACAUCAUUCGGGAAAGAUGUCGCAGUCUGGGGACGGUUUGCACACGCCGGGAUACCUGUCCUGGAGGAAGCUGCAACUCAGUCGCGCCAAACUCAAAGCCUCGAGCAAAACGUCGGCCCUGCUCUCCGGUUUCGCCAUGGUGGCCAUGGUCGAGGUGCAGCUGAACUCCGACACCAAGGUACCCGCCGAGAUGCUGAUAGCCUUCGCCGUGUGCACGACUUUGCUGGUGGCGGUCCACAUGCUGGCCCUGAUGAUCUCCACCUGUAUCCUGCCGAAUAUAGAAGCCGUCUGCAACCUGCACAGCAUAAGCCUGGUGCACGAGUCGCCGCACGAACGAUUGCACUGGUACAUCGAGGUAGCCUGGGCCUUCUCCACGUUGCUGGGUCUGCUGCUCUUCCUCCUGGAGAUAGCGAUCCUCUGCUGGGUCAAGUUCUACGACUUCUCGCAGGUCGCCGCCUGGUCGGCCUGCAUCGUCCUGAUACCGGUGCUGAUUAUCUUCCUGGCCUUCGCGAUCCACUUUUAUAGGAGCCUGGUGGCUCACAAGUACGAGGUGACCGUAUCCGGCAUCAGGGAGCUUGAACUGUUGAAGGAGCAAAUCGAGUCGACCGACGUCGAGGGCAGGAAUGGCGUCAACCUCCUGCAAAGCGGCACCCACAUUGUAUGAGACAUGCUUUACAAUCGAGCCGAGAGGCUCGAUGUCGAGGAACUUCCCCAGACGAGAAGGAACUCCUCAAACCCCGCCGCGGGGGCGACCAAUCCGAGGCUCCAGCUCGAGGUCGAUAGGUUCGACGUCGAGGCUAUGUCCAGGAGGAACUCCUCGAAUCCCGCUGCUGGUGGAACUAGUCAGAGACUGAUGCUCGAGGUCGACAGGCUCGACGUCGAGGACUCGCGCCCCUCGAGGAGGAAUUCCUCGAGCCCCAUUAUCGAGGUAAGGAACGAGAGAGCGACGCUUGACCCGGUGGAACGCGAAGAUGGAUCGUCGGCGAAGGAAAUGCGAAUGGCUACGUAAAACGUGGAGAUUCGACGACGAGGCUACGUCCGGGAGGAACGAGAGAUUGACGCCCUUGAAUUCUUCAAGCUCCAUUAACGCGAACGGAAGGUCGACGCUUGACCCGGUGGAACGCGAAGAUGGAUCGUCGGCGAAGGAAAUGCGAAUGGCUACGGAAAACCUGGAGAUUCGACGACGAAGCUAGGAGACGUCUAGGAGGAACUCCAGGUCGGUAGACUCGACAGCGAGGAAGAAAUGCAAACGGCUACGUAAAACGUGGAAGUCAAGUCGUCCAGAAGAAGAUCCUCAAAACCUGUAGAGAGGAUGAAGAGGACCGGCCAGGAACUGCGUCAGGUAAGAAAUACUUGAAAUACGAAUUGCCGAGGCAAAUACAUGCAGAUUGUAUAUUUAGCCAGCGGAAUAAUGAUCGAAACACAAACAAGGAACAGCGGGAGCUCGUUUGAUGAGCCAAGGGAACCUCGUGAUGGUUGUUGCCACAAAUCCGAGAAAGCAAUUGUACAAACCUAAAAUAAGAAAACACUGGCAUUGUACAACUCAUACGUCGUUCUUCCUACAUGAAUUUCUAUGUCGGGUUAAUCGACUUGAUCGAUGAACGAUCGUUUUUUUAAGAAACGUCACCGCGGGAACGGACGAGAGGAGGAACAUCAUGACCCUACUUAAUUUACUAAACUUAAUUUAAAAUAGAAGUCAUUGAGAACCUUGCUCAAUUGAAAGAAAAUGAACCUUCGAGGUUGCUUAUGAGAUUUGGAAAGCUAUGAUGGAAACAGUAACCGAUCGCCCCGUGUUUGAGAUGGGUUUGCCUGAAAUUUACUUUACAACGACAUAUAAAGGGAUUUGUCUCUCUAUGAACAAAGUUGCUACGAUACUUAAGUGAACAUCAUUGUAGAUCGAAGUAGACCUUCAUUUAAAUAUCGGGUAUGUAAAUAAAACGGGAGGAUCAAACGAUAAACGAGAUUGAGGAAGUGUAACGAGAAAGGCGUUCGAUACUUGUUAAGUACAAUGUACAUUUCACUUGAUGCAUCAUCGUCACGUCAUACAAUCUGGUCUCUUGAGAAAAUAUUAAGAAAUAUCCCUAUUAUACUUCUGCGUAUGCAAGGACUUAAUAAUCGAAAUGCAUACUCCUUUGUUAACUGUAUGUAUAUAUAUACACACACACGUAUAUACAUAUAUUAAUUUUUACCGAAGAUGAAAUCGAGCGACAUGAUUUAUGCCUUUUACGAUUGCCUUUUAUACAAUUUAGUCUUAAGUCGUGGUCGUUCCUGCGUACGUACUAAUGUCUUAAGAGUGGACGUCGAUGAAAUUUUAUAAUUAAUAUAUUCACCGAAGAGGAAACAUCCAUUCACAAAAUUAGCCCUUGCUUCUCUAGCUUUUCUCGUUAAAAGAAAUACCAAAGGUUCCUGAAGAAGAAAGUUAUUAGAUAAUUUAAGCGGGGUGAAAAAAAAUGAAAAACAGUAAAUAUUCUUUUUAAAGAAGCACAUUAUAAACUUGUUCAGUUGUUCCUUAAAUAUUCAUUCUUAAACAUUAAUUUUUACAAUUAUUUCUACAUAUUUCAACGUAAAGACUAGAGGACUGACAGUCUGUUAUAUGAGUUAGUUUUCUCGAGGGAAUAAAAUUCACUUUUUUUUUUUUAUAUCUAUGGUAUGUAUAGUAGCAUUUCAUCGAUAUCUUCUCACGACACUACACAAACAGUAUCUAAUCGAAACGCAGGUCGCUUCUUGGUGGAUAUUGCUUCCCUGAUAUAUAUCAGGGCUAAAAUUUUGGAAAAUUGGAAUUAAUGCUCACGUUUGUAAACAUUUUUUUUCAAGCAUUUUUCAAAGAAACUACUUUUUCCUCCCCCUGAUCCGAUACAUUUGAUUUUAUUAAUUUGUAGCAUUCUGUUGUUACGAGACCCAGUUCUUUUAAUAUUAAUGGUUCAAUUUGGAACGGUAAAAAUUGUUAAAAUCAGCCCUGCUGUAUAUUCCACUGUGUACUGUUCAUAGUCAAGCAAACACACCAUAUAAAUUAUUUACUGUACACAAA